CGUGGGGCCGUGUCGCUCGCAACAGCGUCUAAGCCUGUUUAAUGAUGCUUUAAGAUGCUUUCCACUUUCCUGAUUCUAUUUGGGGAUGGAACCACUUGAAUGGGCAAAGAUAAGUCGUUCCCACAGUUUAUCCCAUUGGAUUAUAGCAUUCAGUCAACACAGACCUCCUGCUCUCCUUGGCCUCUGCUGCCCUCCCUUCUCCACUGCCGCCUUGAUUUAUUAGAGUCGUCCAGCUGACGGGAAGCCAGCCCCCUCCCCCUCAUUCAGCUGAAACUCGCCGAAAUCCCAAGAAAACAAUGCUCCCUUUCCCCUCGUGUUGACGGAAUGAUCCCUCUAACGUAAAGGAACAAGUGGCACAUCCAGCACGUUAGAUUAAAUACAAACGCAUCUCUGAAGUAAGAUGACCGAGGAGGGAAAGUCGGAGAGCAAAGGAGAAAUUAGCGGCAAAGAUUUGGAAAAACAGCUUCGUCUUCGAGUCUGUGUCUUGACUGAAAUCCUAAAGACUGAGAGAGAUUACGUGGGGACUCUGGAGUUCCUCGUCUCCGCCUUUCUUCAGCGAAUGAUCCAGCAUGCAGCUUCAAGAGUUGACAAAAAUGUAACUGAAGAAACUGUUAAGACAUUGUUUUCUAAUAUUGAGGACAUUCUUGGAGUCCACAAAGAAUUCCUGAGUAUGAUAGAGCAGUGUCUGCAGCCUGAACCCAGUGCCCAACAUGAAUUGGGAAGCUGCUUUCUCCAAUUUAAACACCGAUUUUCCAUCUAUGAUGAGUUCUGCAGUAAUCACGAAAAAGCACAAAGGCUGCUAUUGGAACUGAAUAAAAUGCGGACUGUGAGGACGUUUUUGCUGGGUUGUAUGCUGCUGGCAGGGCGGAAGAACCCUGAUGUUCCACUUGAAGGCUAUCUCGUGGCUCCAAUACAAAGGAUUUGCAAGUAUCCACUUCUGCUAAAGGAAUUGAUGAAGAGGACACCAAAGAGGCACAAUGACUAUUCAGCAGUACUCGAAGCUCUUCAGGCCAUGAAAACGGUUUGCUCCACCAUUAAUGAAGCCAAGCGACAAAUGGAAAAGCUGGAAAUUCUCGAAGAAUGGCAGUCACACAUUGAAGGAUGGGAGGGAUCCAACAUAACAGAUGCAUGCACUGAAAUACUGAUGCAAGGCACUCUACUGAAAAUUUCAGCUGGGAAUAUUCAGGAACGAAUUUUCUUCCUCUUUGAUAACUUGCUGGUAUAUUGUAAAAAGAAGCAUAGGCGUUUAAAGAAUACCACACACACAAAGAAAGUAGCUGAUGGACAUCGGUAUCUUUUUCGUGGCAGAAUAAAUACAGAGAUCAUGGAAGUGGAAAAUGUUGAUGAUGGAACAGCGGAUUAUCAUAGCAGUGGCCACACUGUGAUCAAUGGUUGGAAAAUACAUAACACUGCCAAAAAUAAAUGGUUUGUCUGCAUGGCCAAGUCAUCAGAAGACAAGCAGAAAUGGCUGGAGGCCUUUCUAAAGGAGCGAGAAAGAAGAAAGAGUCUGAAACUUGGCGUGGAACAAGAUACCUGGAUGAUGAUCUCUGAAAAAGGGGAAAAGCUUUACCAUAUGCUGUGUAAACAGGAAAAUUUGAUCAAAGACCGAAAAAGGAAACUCAGUACAUUUCCAAAAUGCUUCUUGGGCAGUGAGUUUGUUGCAUGGCUGAUGGAAAUUAAAGAGAUCAGUAAACCCGAAGAAGGAGUUCAUCUGGGUCAAGCACUGUUGGAGAAUGGAAUCAUCCAUCAUGUAACAGAUAAGCACCAGUUUAAACCUGAUCAUAUGCUGUACAGAUUUCGAUAUGAUGAUGGAACAUAUCAUCCAAGAUGUGAAAUUCAGGAUGUUGUUUCUAAGGGUGUGAGACUUUACUACCGACUUCAUAGUCUCUUCACUCCUGUGAUCAAGGAUAAAGACUACCAUCUCAGAACUUACAAGUCAGUGGUAAUGGCAAACAAGCUUACAGACUGGUUAAUUGCACAGGGAGACUGUAGGACCAGAGAGGAAGCAAUAAUCCUGGGAGUAGAGCUGUGUGACAAUGGUUUUAUGCACCAUGUACUGGAAAAGAGUGAAUUUAAAGAUGAACCCCUCUUAUUCCGCUUUUUUGCUGAUGAGGAAAUAGAAGGCUCAAACUUAAGGCAGAAGCACAUGCGUCAUGACUUGAAAAUAGUUGAAAAUGUCAUCGCCAAGACACUGUUGAUUAAAGCUCAGGAUGAAAGUUAUGGUUUCACUCUGGAGGAGAGAAACAAGGUUCCUAUUGUGAAAUCUGUGGAAAAAGGAUCUUAUGCUGAGAUGGCAGGCCUGGAGGUUGGGAAAAAGUUUUUUGCUAUCAAUGGAGAUGUGGUUAUCCAAAGACCCUUUCAGGAAGUUGAAUGCUUCCUGCAGCAAUGCAUCAAUAGCAAGAGGCCUCUCAGGGUACUUCUGAGCACAAAGCCACGAGAGACAAUCAAGAUCCCUGACUCCGUGGACGGUCUUGGAUUUCAGAUUCGAGGAUUUGGUCCAUCAGUUGUCCAUGCUAUUGGCAGAGGAACUGUGGCAGCGGGAGCUGGUCUGCACCCUGGCCAAUGUAUCAUCAAAGUAAAUGGGAUCAACGUAAACAAAGAAAGUCAUGCAAGUGUGAUAGCACAUGUCACAGCAUGUCGGAAAUACAAGCGCCCUUCACAGCAAGACUCUAUUCAAUGGGUAUACAAUAAUGCUGAGAGUGGUCAGGAGGAUCUUCAGAAAUUCUGUUCAAAGGGGCCAGCUUCAGGAGGAAGUGAUGCUGAUGUGCAAGAUGGUUUUAAUGAAGAUGUCUUUGAUAAAUUUAAUACAAUGGCUUUAAUUGAUGGGAAGAAGGAUCAUGUGAGCCUGACAGUAGAUAAUGUUCACUUGGACUAUGGUGUGGUGUAUGAAUAUGAUAGCACUGCUGGUACAAAGUGCCAUGUUUUGGAGAAAAUGAGUGAACCCAAGGGAUUUUUCAAUUUGACUGCAAAGAUCCUUGAAUGCAUGGCUAAGAAUGAUGAACUGUUUGUAGAGAGCUGUGUCAGGCUAAACUGCUUAAGUGAAGCCAUGCCUCGUGAACUCCAUUCGAAAUUCAGCAUUAUGCGUGGUGAAAAGCUUGAACAUAUUAACCGAAGAAUCAUGAUCUACAAAAAGUUUUCACGAGUUCUGAAAAAUCGAGCCUGGCCGACUUUUAAACAAGCCAAGUCCAAGAUUUCUCCACUACACAGCAGUGAUUUCUGUCCCACCAAUUGCCACCUAAAUGUCAUGGAAGUAUCGUAUCCCAAAAAUGUUGCAUCACUGGGAAGUGCCUUUGGUGUUCAACUGGACAGUCGGAAACAAUCCUGCAGUGAAAUUGACCAAAAAAUCUCAGAUCAAGAUAAAUUGGAUCCAGUGGAAUACGUUCAUCAUUGCAUCACCACCAUGGCUGCUCCCUCUGGACACAGCUUAGGUCAGCAAAAUGGGCCUGGUCUGUACUUCACUCUGAAGGAAAAGGAUAUUGAAACUCAAGAUGUCUACCAGAAGCUUCUGAAUAAGUUGCAGACAGUUGUGAAAGAAUUGGAAACCUAUAUUGGUCAGAUAGAUGACCUUCUCUCAUCAAUAACCAAUCCAACUACACUAGAGACGGAAACCACUGAAUCGCUAAUAUCAGGAGAGAAUGACGCCGACAAGGUAGAACGCAAUAGUAAGAAGGUUUGCUUUGUGGUGACUGGAGAUGACCAAGAAGAUUCGGGUCAUGAUACAAUAAGCAACAGGGAUUCUUACAGUGACUGCAACAGUAAUAGGAAUUCCAUUGCUUCUUUUACAAGUAUUUGCAGCAGCCACUGUGAUUCUUAUGUACACAGUGACGACAUGGAUUCGGGCGAUGAGCUGCCUUGCAGUGUACGCAUUUCCCAUGAUAAGCAAGAUAAAUUACACGGCUGCCUGGAGCAUCUCUUUAGUCAGGUGGAUGCAAUCACCAACCUUCUGAAAGGCCCAGCUGUGGUAAAGGCAUUUGAACAAACAAAGAAUUUAAUCCCAAAAAGAAACCUGCAAGAAUUCAAGAAAGAAAUGGAGUCAAAGAUCAAUUGCACAACGCAGCUCAGAAUUCACGUUCAGAGAGAUCCCUGGAAUCUACCGAGUGGCGUUCACAACCUUAUAGAAGCCAUUACAAGAUUUGUAGAAGAGGUACAGAGGCGAGUACUCCUGGCUCUGCUUGAAAAUACAGAUACCGAGAUCCAACUCAGACAGGACAUGGUGUUUUGUCAAAGUCUAGUUGCCACCAUUUGUACUUUCUCAGAACAGCUACUGGCUGCAUUGCAUCAGAUAUAUGACACAAACACAGAAUAUGAAAUGGAAACACAGGAGCCAAGUAGAAAAUGGUUGGAACAAAUAGCCAAUGCAGGAAUCCUCUUUAACUUCCAGUCACUGCUCUCUCCUAAUCUGAUGGAUGAACAGGCUAUGUUGGAAGACACCUUGGUUGCCAUGUCUGACUUGGAAAAAGUAACUUUCUAUUUUCGACAGUCUGAAGAAGAACCACUUGUAGCAAAUAAUCCCAUCACGUACAAGGUAGAAGGGAAUCGACAGGCCUUAAAAGUAUUUUUCUACCUGGAGAAUUAUAAUUUUGAGCAACUUCCUCAGAGAUUAAAGAAUGGAGGUGGUAUUAAAGUCCACCCAGUGCUGUUUACACAAGCAAUGGAAAGCUUGGAAGGUUAUUACUACACAGAAAAUACAUCUGUGGAAGAAUUUCAAGCUCAGAUCAAUGCAUCCUCCCUGGAAAAUGUCAAGCAAUACUGUCAAAAGCUCAGGGCUUUUUAUCUGGAGAAAUCAAAUUUGCCUCCGAAUUCAUCAAAAGCUGCUGCAAUUGAUAAGCUUAUGCGGCCCCUCAAUGCACUGGAUGAACUUCAUCGACUGAUGGAAUCAUUUAUUGGGUCAAAACGUACGGCAGCCUGCACUUAUACUGCUUGUAGAGCCUCUGGCGUGGGAUUGUUGUCAGUUUCUUUUGAACUCUGCAAUCGUUUGGGAGCUUGCCACAUCAUAAUGUGCAAUAGUGGAGUCCACAGAUGUACAUUGAGUGUCACUUUGGAACAGGCAAUAAUCCUUGCAAGAUGUCAUGGGUUACCUCCACGUUAUCUGAUGCAGGCUACUGAUAUGAUGAGGAAACAGGGAGCAAGAGUGCAGAACUCUGCUAAGAAUCUCGGAGUGAGGGACCGAACUCCACAAUCUGCUCCAAGAUUAUACAAGCUGUGUCAGCCUCCUCCUGAUGGUGAUGCUUGAAGAUUCUUGCUUCAACUUUUAACUUGGAGAUAUCUGAACAUACAUUCUUCAACAACAAUUCAAGAAUUUUCAUUGUAGAUAGUAUAAUCCUGGCUUGCAAACAAGAUAUUGCUGGGAAGUUCCGGUAAAAUGUGCUGAUUUUAUAACAUUUUCUAAGAUAAACCUUUUCUAAGACUCUCAAACUGGCAUAAAUGCCUUUCUUUGCCACACUGAACAGACUCAAACUAGGGUUGUUGUUUAAUCUUAAAGUUAAUUAUUGCUUAAUGUCAUAUUAUUAAGCAUAAUUUUCUUUCAUUAACUAUCAAUUUCAAAAUGUAUCGUGAGCUUGAACUUAUACAUUCCUUUCGUCUUUACCUUUUAAAAUAGUAAACAAUAAUUUGUUGAUACAGUUUUGUAUAUUUGAACAAUUUCACUAUUUAAAAUGAUAUUGUAACUGUCUAUUUUCAGCCUAUGAACAUUAACAAAAGUGCAUUAUAGUCAGAUGUUUGUCCUAAGCUCUUUGCAGAUAGCUGAGAGCUUGUGAAAAGACUGCAACGUUACCAAGGGAUUCAGAUGUUUUAAAUACCACAAGUACAGUUUCAUCUUAUCUCAUCAAAACUGAGAUUAUGUUACAAACUUAGACCCAGGACCCAAUAUGUUGUUUCUAUGUGAUAAAACAUGCAGUAGUUGUUUUUUAAUGUUGUAAAGAAAUCACUGUCCCAGUUUCUUCUUUUGUGUGGAAUCCUCUGUGGCAGUAUUUGUACUUUGAGAUUGGAAAGCAGAGGACAUAAACCAGUAGUAUUUGUUCAUAUUGUCAAGAAGGAAAUGUGAUGCAGUUUUCUUUUGCAGAAGACUUACCAUCUUGCAUAUAUUGUAAACACUUGAACAUGCAUUCAUUCCUUUAAUGCAUGCAAUAUGUAAAUGCAUAUAUAAAGAUCUGGACGUGCUUCUCAUUAGAUAGGAACUGAUUUAGAAAACUUUAAUUUGUAUAAUGGACAGUAAUAUCAGGUAACAUUCUCUCAGGACAAAGAUUUUUACUUAUUAAGGCGCAACAAUAACUUUACGGUCCAAAAAUAACUUUAUGGUCCUCGCUUGUGGGUCUUUUUGCCUUACACUAUUUUAUCUACCUACUUCAAUGUAACAAAUUAUUAGUGUUUCUUUAUUAUUGUCAAGUGUACUGAGAUACAGUGAAAACUUUUGUUUGUGCACUAUCGAAGUAAGUCAGAUCAUAUUAUAUACAAGUACAACCAGGCCAUUCACAAGCACAAAGGUUGUGGAAGGAGAAAUAUACCAGAAUACAAAAUAUAGUUUUACAGCAUUGUAGUGUUACAGUUACAGAGAAAAGGUCCGAUGUUCAUAUUGAAGGUAGGUUGGAAGAUAAGGAUUACCAACUAAUUUAUGGGAGGACCACCCUAUAGUCUGGUAACAGAGGGGAAGAAGCUAUUCCUGAGACUGGUGUUACAAGCUUUUGUAGAUUCUGCCUAAUGGGAGAGGGGAGGAGGGAAUGGCCAAAUUGAAAAAAAUCCUUGAUUAUGUUGGCUGCUUUCCCAAGGCAGUGUGAAGCGUUGAUGAUGGGAGUCUGCUUUGUGUAUGGACCAGGCAACAUCCACAUUUCUCUGCAAUUUCUUGCUAUCCUGGCAUUGUUCCUAAACCAAGUUGUGAUGCAACCCGAUAGCAUGCUUUCAAUGGUGCAUCUGUAGAAGUUGAGAAGAGUUGUUGGAGACAUAUCAAACCUCUAUAGACCCCUGAGGAAGUAAUGGUGUUAGUGCACUUUAUUGGCCUUGGUAGUGUUGUGUCAUUGUAGUUGGUUCAGGGCAGAUUGUUGGUGAUUUUUGUUUAGUUUAGAGAUAUAGCGCAGAAACAGACCUUUCGGCCCACUGGGCCCACGCCGACCAGCGAUCCCCACACAUUAACACUAUCCUACACCCACU